AUGGCAGACCACCACUCCGAAAAGGUUGUGAAAGUAGGGGGUCUCAGCAAGAGAGCUCCCCGGGCUUGUGUAUCCUGCCGCUCAAGAAAGGUCCGCUGUGAUGUUACCAGGACUAAAAUCCCAUGCACAAAUUGCAGACUCGACAGCAAGGAAUGCUCAGUACCCGCAAGCAAGAGGCGGCACGUCGGAGACCGUAUACUGGGCCCAUCCUUUUUCGAUGGCAAGCAACACGGCCCUCAAAGCCCAAUAUGUGACGCGAUCAUUGAUUUUGGUGAUGUAAACGGUGCAUACUCGGAGGGGAACGAAUUUACUACUACCAACGCCGUUGUUGAGGAUGAUCCAUUCAAUAUCUUCGGGCUCUCCGGGAAUGCUGGUUUCGAUAUACCAGGAAGUGCUGACAUUUCCAAUUGUCGGGGCAAAGAUGUUGCGUUGGACGAAGGACAGGACCCCCAGGCAGACUUCCUUGCGCCAUAUCCAUCGCCCACACAUACCAUUUUGGCAGACUCCCACCACCAGUCGUCACUUCCCAAGUACAUCACGCCUUUAAAGAAGAGCCUGUCCGCAGAAGAUCACCACCUCCUCCAAAGAAAAGGCGCUUUCGAUAUUCCAGAUUUGGAAACGCGAGAUCUGCUGUUGACAACUUAUGUGAAAUGGAUAUACCCUUUCGCACCAAUGCUUGACCUCGAGGAGAUCCUGUCGGCAGUGGCCAGCAACGGCAACACAGGUACAACCAGCCUCCUUCUCUUCCAGGCAAUGAUGUUUGCCGCCACAGCAUAUGUCAAUAUAGACAGCCAUAAUGGAAGUCACAAGAAGACCAGAGGCAGGUUUUACGAGCGCGCGCGACUUCUCCACGACUUCGACGUCGAAGUGGAUAGACUGAUAAUCUGCCAGGCAGCUAUCCUCCUAAGCUUCUGGGAUGGGGACUCCGAAGGCGUUCGUGACAGCUAUUAUUGGGUCGGGAUCGCAACGUUGCACGCAACCAGCAUUGGGCUCAACUUCGAUUCCACCAGCAGUCUCUCAGAUCCAAAGCUUCGACGUUCCUUCAAGAUGACAUGGUGGACUCUUGUCAUCAGAGAGAGGUUGCUUGCUGUCGCGUUACGGAGGCCGGUCCAAAACAAAGUCUUCCGCUUCCAUGUCCCCACGUUGCAUUCCGACGAUUUCAGGUUGAAACCCCUUUUGGAGGCUCUUGAGAAAAGCUUGCAGGUGCACAAUAUCGGCUUACCAGAGUUGGAAACGCUCGCAAGUGCUUGUAUGGCUCUGGCUCAGCUUUCCGAAUAUAUUGACAAGAUCUUGACUGUGCAAUAUACAGUCCAAAGAACUCCCUCUGCUGCAGGACAGAGUGCAACCGCUGUAUCUCUGGUUCCCAAAAUCAAUGCUUCAAGAUGGGUGGAGAUCAUGACGUGCGGGCAAGAGCUUCAAAACUGGUAUGGAUACCUACCCACUGAAGUGCAACAGCUUGAGCUUGAAAAUCACGACAUCGAACAUGGAAAUGAAAACGAGAUCGUGAGGGUACACAAGGCUCUCUUGGCGGGUUAUUACGCCAUGACUCUGAUGACAUUGUAUCGGCCUCUGCUCAAUCUGUCAUGCUCCAACGCAAACGAGAACAAGCUGCGAAGUCUAUCAAUGAAGAUGGUUUCGCAGGCAGCAAAAAGUAUUACAAGCAUAUUCACCAAGCUUUAUACUGACCACCUGAUCUCGUGGCUGCCAGAUACCGCGAUCGCGGUCUUGGAGCCAGCCGUGGCCACCCACCUGCUCUACAGCAUGUCAGAGAUUGACGCAGUGCGACAGACAAGUUUUCAAAAAUUCUAUCUCUGUUGGCGGAUUCUGCAGCAGCUGGGAGAAGUCUACUAUCUGGCAGUAACCACCAUGUCCAUGCUCAACGCCGCCGCGCAGAGGCUCAAGUCGCUUCCAGACAUAAAGGUGGCCAAGGCUGCUGCCUGUGCACGGCUGAUUGAUGCUAUCUGUCCGUCCGGUGACGACAACGCCACAGCCGUUCCAUUUGUCGGAGUGGUUGGAGAUCAAAAGAAGGAUCGAUCUGACGUGACAGCCGACUGGAGCGACCCGAAGAAGGCCGGAGAGGAGCCCUGGACCCAAAAGGAGGUACUCGACACCUAUGACCACAACUUUGACCUGGAAGCGAACUGUGCCUUGGGUCCGAAUACCUUUGAUCAACUCGUAUGUUGGGACGCAGCCGAAGAGGAGGUUUGGGCUACUGAAUGA